ACUUUUGUACACUUACACUACAAUGACAACAGUCUAAUUUUAUAAAUAAAAUAUUCUUUGUAUAUAAAUAAUAAAUUUAUAAAAUCGUAUAAUAAUGUCUGCGAAUAAAAUUAAAAAUUUUAUUAUAAAUAAUAGUGUUGCCAUUGUAAUGAUUCCUACAGUAAUUGGUUUACAUUGGGGUUGGAAUGAAAUACAACAUAAUGAUAAAUUUGUUAAACCUAGCGAACGAAAAGAAUUACCAAUUAUGAUCAUUCUGCAACGAACGAAGCAAAAUAUCAAAGAUUAUUUCGUUAAAGAUGAUCCGGUAGAUAAAUAGCCUUAGUAGUAUUUAUGUGGAUGAAUGUUGGCAUCAAAUAAUUUCCGUUAUUGAAGUAUGUAAAUAAAUAAAGUGUUAUGUAUUUAUUAUUUUGUAUUCGAUGGAUACCCCACGAACGCGUAGAGUCUUAAUUAUAUCCUUUUCAAAUUGUAAAUGAUUUAAGGAAUGUGUGUAGGAAUGUGUACAAUUUUAUUAAUUAAUAAAAAAAUUUUAAUUUGA